GCGGUUUGCGGAGACCGAUCGCACAGACAAACCAAAAUAAUCUACGGGGACUCCCAGAUUUCCGGGCCUCUUCCAUUUCCUUAGAUCGUCCAGCCGUAACACCCUUUCGGUGCCUAGCUGCCAUGCCAGACGAAGGAGGCAAGAAGGCUGAGAUACUGCCAGGUAGCCCAAGCCUUAGACUUCCGUUUCUUCCAGACAGCAAUCAUAAGAGUAGACCGAGAACCAACUUGUGCCUUUCAGGUGGACGACAGCCACUGACUGACAAGAACAAAACCAACCCGAGAAACUUGGGCAAAAGCCUCGAUCCUUUGUAUCAAUCCGUGAAAGCAUUGGAGUUGCAAACCGCAAGAUCAUUGGCCAAAUUAGGUCUUGAUUCUGGUCCACAUGACAAUACGAUUCACAAUGUGACAGACGGACACAUGUCACGCGCACAACACCGGUCAUGUACGUCGAGGAGACCAACCGUGAAUGCAAACGGUUCAAUUUGUGAGGUUCUCCAAGGUAAACUCAGACGACGUCACUUCCUUGUUGUUAGUGUAGCCAGUGAGAUUGCUGCACUUGGUGGAGAAAGCCGUGCACCUGUUAGUCAAACUGGCUCGUCUGCCUGUUCUACCGCCUCCACGGAAUCUGGUUCCAUUGUCCAGUGUAAAUGGGAUGGGUGUGGAAGUUCGCUGGAACAGUCCCAGCUAGUUACACAUAUUCAACACGUCCACGUACUGCCCCAAAUGGUAUCCAAUCGGCGCAAAUGUUUUGCUUGUCUAUGGCGAGACUGUCGCGUUUAUCGUCGGCCGAGUGUGUCCGCUGCAUGGUUGGAGAGCCAUAUUUUGCAUCAUACGGAUGCAAAAGGAAAACCGUUCAGGUGUAUUUUUGACGGAUGUACUCUUCGAUUCUCGACUUCCAUUCUAUUGGAGCGUCACGUGCAGCGUGCCCAUAUGCGUGUCACACGUACGCAAACAGGAAGCUUGCCAGCCCAGUUGACAAACACACUAUCCUCUGUGAAUGAGUCUCCAAAGCUAAUGACCAGCACUGCAGGACAAUCGUCUAACGGAGCUUUGGGCCAAAUAACAGCGUCCCCGACCCAGAACGGUAAGCGGAGUUCACGUAGACGACGGAGAGUUCGCAACUACCGAGUUCGCCGACCUGAUUUCUAUGACCGAAGAAGCCACUAUGUUAUCCAGAACCGUCUGAAACUAGGACAUCUAUUAGGGUCCAGCGAAUAUACGGUCGGGUUACGAUCCGAUGACCAUUUCCAACAUCGACGGAUGCCGAAGCCGUUGAUGGUAUCUCCUUCCAAACCUCGCCUUCGAUCGGCUAAUGGUUGCCCUCCUACAUCGUUUGAAAAGAACACACCCUCUCCAUCCUCGGAAUUGCGACGGAAUCGGUUGGCAAUGCUUUUGACAAUGCCCCACACCUACGUUGGUCAACGCUUAUCGGACAAUAACCAACUGGAGGUCUUAGUGCGCUGGACGAGCGACUGCAGCUCCAACCAACCUCUAUCCACUUGGGUACCUGACGAAGAGCUUCAGGCUGCCGGUCUCCUCGGUUCGAUGAUGUGAAAUUUUACUUCACGAGCGCCUUGCCGCAAUUUUCGACAAUGUCUUUCCGUCCGCCUAAUUUUCACGUCUGCUUUUGCCAAUCGGUCUUUGAGGCCGAAGUUUUGCAGUGAACACUAUAUUCAAUGUCAUCUAUACCUGGCUAACCUGAAAUCCUUCCAACUUGUGCAGAAUCUGAUCUCAUGGCGUCACCGAAAGGUUAUGUCAUUACUCAAGCCGUUCUCUUUUCUCCCACGUCUGGCGUGAGGCCGAACGUGGAUUGUGUUAUCUUGUUUUGCCCAUCUAUUGUUUUAUUCUUUCUGGUUUAACUUCUCUCUCCAUUGUUAUGUUGUUAAUUUGCUUUGUACACAAACACUGUUGACCUCAUUCGUCUAACUAACUUUGGUUAACUUCUUAUGUAUAUGUUGUUUCGCCGCUACCUGCCCGCCAAACCACUCGCGUUUCCCUGUCACUGCUUUACAUUUGCUAGGUUUGUUAUCUUUGCGUAUCAAAUGAAUAAUGUUUUCC